CAGGGCGGGGCGGGGUCAGCGGGCGGUAGCUGGGCAUCUGCAGACGGCGGUCGCACGGGAGGCAGACAAUGGAUCCGGUGAUUUAUUUGGCCGUAUCGAUGGCAUUGCUGCUAUUCUGGGUCCGGAGAAAAGGCAUGGAGUAUGUCAUCAUCCACCACCGCUGGGUCUUCGUCUGUCUCUUCCUGCUGCCCCUCUCCGUUGUCUUCGAUGUCUACUACUACCUCAGGGCUUGGCUAGUGUUCAAGAUGUGCAGUGCUCCCAAGCAACACGACCUGCGGGUCCGGGACAUCCAGAGACAGGUCCGAGAAUGGAAGGAUCAAGGAAGUAGAACGUACAUGUGCACUGGCCGACCAGGGUGGCUGACUGUAUCACUGCGGGUUGGCAAGUAUAAGAAGACACACAAGAAUAUCAUGAUCAAUUUGAUGGAUAUUUUGGAGGUGGACACCAAGAAUCAGGUUGUCCGUGUGGAACCGCUGGUAAACAUGGGUCAGAUAACUGCACUUUUGAACUCGAUUGGCUGGACUCUUCCAGUGGUACCGGAGUUGGAUGACCUCACUGUGGGUGGCCUUAUCAUGGGAACUGGCAUUGAAUCUUCAUCUCACAUCUAUGGACUUUUCCAAAACAUCUGUACAGCCUAUGAGCUGGUCUUAGCUGAUGGCCGCCUUGUUAGAUGCACAGAGAAAGAGAAUCCAGACUUAUUUUAUGCUGUGCCUUGGUCAUGUGGUACACUCGGAUUUCUUGUUGCUGCAGAGAUCAAGAUUAUUCCUGCUAAGAAAUAUGUGCGUCUGCAGUACCAACCAGUGCGUGGUCUGCAGACAAUAUGCGAAACGUUCAGCAGAGCAUCCCAGAACAAAGAAAACCAUUUUGUGGAGGGCCUCAUGUAUUCAUGUGAUGAGGCUGUGAUAAUGACAGGAGUCCUUACUGAUGUGGCUGAACCAGAAAAGAUCAAUAGAAUUGGCUAUUACUACAAACCGUGGUUCUUUAAACAUGUGGAGAAAUACUUGCAAGAGAGCCACAGUGCAGUGGAAUAUAUCCCUCUGAGGCAGUACUAUCACCGCCACACCCGCAGCAUUUUCUGGGAGCUUCAGGAUAUAAUUCCAUUUGGCAACAAUCCACUCUUCCGUUACGUGUUUGGCUGGAUGGUUCCUCCCAAGAUUUCAUUACUGAAACUGACCCAAGGCGAAACUAUUCGUAAACUGUAUGAGCAACACCAUGUGGUUCAAGACGUGCUGGUGCCAAUGAAGAGUUUGGAGAAGUUGAUCCUUUACCUGCACAGUGAGAUUAAUGUUUACCCUCUGUGGUUGUGUCCUUUCAACCUACCCAGUCUCCCUGGUAUGGUCCACCCAAAGGGGAAUGAAGCUGAGCUGUAUGCAGAUGUUGGGGCCUAUGGAGAACCCAAGGCCAAGCAGUUUGAAGCCAGGUCAUCAACCCGGCAGCUGGAGAAAUUUUUACGUGAUUCACACAGUUUUCAGAUGUUGUAUGCCGAUUGCUAUUUGACCCGAGAAGAGUUUUGGGAGAUGUUUGAUGGGUCUCUAUACCACAAGCUGAGACAAAAACUGAACUCUGAAGAUGCAUUCCCUGAGGUUUAUGAUAAGAUCUGCAAGGCAGCGAGACACUGAGAGUCCCAGGGAAGAAGCCAAAUGGAAUUCAAUAGUAAAUCAAUUUUCAUCUGAAAGAAGUAGGUCAGGAUUUUUUAAAUCCAAAGAUUUUUCCAUUUUUAUCACGAACACUUUUUUGUGAACCUACUCCUGUCGUUAUCUUUCCUUUUCUCUCCAUACCCCUCAUGCAGUGAAUCAUGUUGACGUUCAAUUCUGUAGGCAUUUGUGUGUGAUCUGAAAUCUAUCACUUCUCUAUGCAACACCAAUUUGUUAAAUCUGGUCACUAAUGUUGAAUUACAUGACCCUCUUUCUGGAGACCCACAAGAUCGCAGAUGCUGAGAUCUGGAGCAAUAAGCAAUCUGCUGGAGGAACUCUGCAGGUUGAACAGUAUACCUGCUAUUUCCCCUUUUACUCUUAGUCCUCAUAUAGAGUUUUGAUGUAAAACAUUGACAGUUCCUGCCCCCUGCAUAGAUGCUGCUUGACCUACUGAGGUUUCUCUAGCAGGUUGGAAAUGUAAGAGUCUGCAGAUGCUGGAAUCUGGAGCAACAUGAGAUGCUAGAGGAACUCAUCGAGUCUCAACCUGAAACAUUGACUGAACAUUUCCCUCCAUUGAUGCUACCCGACCUGCUGAGUUCCUCCAGUGUCGUCUUUUUGCUCUUCGUGCAGAUUGUUGCUUGCUUAUUCUGGUUUUUUUUGGUUUAUUGGCAAGAUAAUAUUAAAUCUAAGGAAUAUUUAGUUUUAUAGUUUUUGGAAAGCCACAUGCAGAACACUUGGUGCAUCAUGGGCUGAUUGUAACCAGGCAAUAAUCAUUUGCGUGCUAAAUACUGUGUCAUAAUCCAUGUCAUAAUCCACUGAGCCAGUGUGGGAGAGCUAAACGUUUUCUAAUUGUAAUUGUUUUAUUUACCUGUACUUGUAGUAAAAUGGGUAAUGUUUAGUCACACUUGUGUAAAAUUAGCUAUUCUAACAGCAUGAUGUGAAAUAGUUAGUUACAAUUGUUUUUAAAAAUAAAUUGAUUCAACACUUUUUGCACUUUAUGAAAGUGCAGUUUCAUUUGAUAAAUGUAUGAAUGAUGUAAUGUGCUCUUGUGCUGUGUUCAAGGGUAUAAUGGCUGCUGCUCUGACCCAUGUCAUUGUGGAGUUCCUAUUCACUUUAGUUAUUCAUCAUCAUCAUGUGCCAUACUCUGCCAGAGCCUUGGUGACCACUUUCUUUCACAGCGAUCUGUCGCCAGUCAAGUCUCUUGCAUCUCUGGCAGUGAGGCUGGUCCACUUCUUGAUGUUGUCAAUCCAGGUUGUCCUCUGUCUGCCUCGAGAGCGGCUUCAUUCUACUCUGCCUUCAAGCACAGUGCGUUGCAGUGUGUCAUCAGUUCUUGAGAUGUGUCCAAAAUACCAAAGUUUCCUUUGGAUAACGGUUUGCAGAAGUAUUGGUUUCAUGCCAGUCUUUUCUAGGAUGAAAUUGUUGGAUCUCCUUUCAAUGUAUGAUACCCUGAGGAUCUGUAUGUCCACAUCUCAAAUGCUGUCAGCUUCUUUUCAUCAGCUGCUUUCAGGGUCCAUGUUUCACAGCCAUAUCGGGUUACUGGCCAGACGAGACUCUCGAGGAGGCGUAUCUUGGUGUAAGGGCUCACAGAUCUAUCUUUCCAGAUGUUCCAGAGUUCGGUGGUGCUUGAGUGUGCCUUUGCUAGCCUCCGCCUUAUUUCCUUGCUGCAUUCGUUUGUGUCAUUUAGUACUGCACCAAGGUACAUAAAGGAGGACAUUUGUUCGAUCUUGUCGUUUCCGAUGUAGAUGUCAGCUUGAAUUGCAGUUUUGCUUAUCACCAUAACUUUGGUCUUUUUGCCAUUUAUCAGCAAUCCAAAUUCAGCAGAGACGUUUGCAACAUUAUUGAGUAGUGCUUGUAGGUCUUCUUCUGUUGUGGCUAGCAGGGCUGUGUCAUCUGCGUAUCUCAAGUUACUGAUGGUUCUUCCUCCUAUUUUAAUGUCAGUGUUGUCUGGAAUUGCCAGUCUCAUGAUCAUCUCGGUGUAGAUGUUAAGAAGGUGUGGAGAAAGGAUGCAUCCUUGGCAGACUUCUUUCCCAUUGCAGAAUGAUUCAGUCUUGCCAGAUGUGGUCCGAAGCCUGAAGGAUUGCGUAGCAUACAGUGAUUCUAGAAGAGCCACUAGGUGUGGUACUACGCCCAGCUGAAUUAUUGUCGUCCACAGUUUGGUGUAUUGGACACAGUCAAAUGCCUUUAAGUAGUCUGUGAAGCAGAUGUACAGGGGGGUAUUGACCUCUCUUAUUUUCUCCAUUAUUAGGCGCACGUUGAAGAGCUGGUCCCUGGUACCUCGGCCACUCCUGAAGCCAGCCUGUUUGAGUGCAACUUCUCUAUCUACGUAGUUCUUUAGUCUCUAAGAUGAUUAUGAGUAGAACCUUGCUGGCGUGUAAUAUCAAUGCAAUUGUUUUGUAAGUACUGCACUGCAGGAGGUCCCCUUUCUUGGGAAUUGGAACGUAGACAGAUUUGCACCAGUCUGUUGGCCAUUUGCCAGUCUUCCAGAUGGCACAGACAAUGCAGUGCAAGAUGUGGGCCAUUGAGGUGCCUGUUGCUUUCAGUAGUUCUGCUGGUAUGUUGUCUGGACCAAGUGCUUUAUUCUUUUUAAUCAUCUCAAUUGCUCUUUCUACUUCUGGCAGUAGUGGCUCUGGUUCAUGUUCCAGUGUUGUCCAGUCAAUGGCUUUGUCACUGUUUUCAUUCUCGUGAUUUUCAUAGAGCUUCUUGGUGUACUUGAGUCACCUUUCCCUCACAUCUGCAGCUUCUGUCAGAAAUUUUCCCUUGUCAUUUUUGAUUGCACCAAUUCUUGGUGUGAAGGUGCCGGUAAGUUCUUUUACUGCAGCACAAACUAUCUUGCCUUUGGCCUCAUUUUCCAUGUUGGAACAGAUGUGUUGUAGGUAUGCCUCUUUGUCAAGCCUGCAACGUCGUCGUACUUCACGCUUCAGCUCCUUGUAUUCCUUGUUGUUCCUUUCUGACCUUUCACCAAUCUCUUCUUUUCUACUGCAUACAGCGUUUCAUUUGUGAUCCAUUCUGUGCCUUUGUGCUUGUGUCGCUUUGGAAUGUGUUUCUCUGCUGCUGUUGUCAAUGCAUCUCUUGUUGCGUUCCAAAGUUCUUCUGGUUCGACCUCUUCUUGUAAGUUCAGCAGGGCUUCAAAAUUGUUGCAAACCUCUAUGCUGAAAGAGUUUGGGUAUGUCUGAGAGAUCAUAUCUGACUGCUGGCUUUGCUUGUUUUACGUUCUUAACCCUGAGCUUCAUCUUGGCCUACAGCAGUUGAUGAUCAGUAUCACAGUCAGCUCCCAGAUAUGUCCUCCAUUUCAGAAUAUUUGAUUUCCCUCUUUUGUUGGGGAGGAUAUAAUCAAUCUGGUUCCUGGUUUUACCAACAGGAGCUGACCGUGUGAAUUUGCACCGAGGGUGUUGAGCAAACAUUGUGUUCAUUAUGCAGAGGUGGUUUUCUUGACAGAACUCAACUAGCCGUGUCCCCCAUUCAUUUGGUGUUCCUAAACCGUUGUUUCCCAUGACUUCCUUAUACUUUUGCAUUGAAAUCACCUAAAAUGAGCACAUCAUCAGUUUUCGGAGUAUCAUCAAUGAGGCCUUGCAGGUUGUUAUCAUGUCUCUCAAGCUCUUCCUCCUCUGCAUCGCUAGUUGGUGAGUAGUUGACAAUGAGUGUGAUUGGGAAAGGCUUGCAUUGUAUAGGGAUAGACAUUAUACUUUAUACUUUAUUGUUACCAAACAAUUGAUACUAGAGCGUACAAUCAUCACAGCGAUAUUUGAUUCUGCGCUUCGCGUUCCCUGGAGUACAAAUCGAUAGUAAAUAUUAAAAAUUUAAAUUGUAAAUCACAAAUAGAAAACAGAAAAGGGAACGUAAGGUAGUGCAAAAAAACCGAGAGGCAGGUCCAGGUAUUUGGAGGGUACGACCCUGAUCCGGGUCAGGAUCUGUUCAGCAGUCUUAUCACAGGUGGAAAGAAGCUGUUCCCAAAUCUGGUCGUACAUGUCUUCAAGCACCUGAGCCUUCUCCCGGAGGGAAGAGGGACGAAAAGUGUGUUGGCUGGGUGGGUCGUGUCCUUGAUUAUCCUGGCAGCACUGCUCAAACAGCGUGCGGUGUAAAUUGAGUCCAAGGACGGAAGAUUGGUUUGUGUGAUGUGCUGCACUGUGUUCACGAUCUUCUGCAGCUUCUUCUGGUCUUGGACAGGGCAACCUCCAUACCAGGUUGUGAUGCACCCUUGAAGAAUGCUUUUAUGGUGCAUCUAUAAAAAAAAAUAGUGAGGGUUUUAGGGGACAGGCCAAAUUUCUUUGGCUUUCUCAGGAAGUAAAGGCGCUGGUGGGCCGCCUUGGCAGUGGACUCUGCUUGGUUGGACCAAGUCAGGUCAUAUGUGAUAUUGACCCCGAGGAACCUAAAGCUUUUGACCUGUUCCACUUGCGCACCACCAAUGCAAAUUGGGUCGUGCGGUCCGCUACUCCUUCUGAAGUCAAGAACCAAUUCUUUCGUCUUGCUGACAUUGAGGGAUAGGUUAUUGUCUUCACACCAUGCCACCAAGUUCUUAAUUUUCUCUCUGUACUCAAACUCAACAUUACCCGCGAUACAGCCUACAAUUAUGGUGUCAUCAGCAAACUUAUAUAUUGAGUUCGAUGGAAACCUUGGCUACACAAUCAUGGGUGUACAGUGAGUACAGCAGGGGGCAGAGUACACAGCCUUGUGGGGCUCAGAGUGAUUGUAGAGGAGAGCUUCUCCCCUAUUUUUACAGCCUGGGUCCAUUAGUCGUUUGUUCAAUGGAUUGUAGCCUAGUACUGCUUUAGCUAUUCCUUGCUUCGAGAUGAAUACAACACCUGCUCUUCCUCCUUUCUCAGAUCCGGAGUAGUACAUUGUGUAGCUGUUCUUUGUUGUAAAAUGACCUCUGUCAGACCAUCUGAUCUCUGUUAUUCCAAUGAUAUCGCAGCCGAUUUCAUGGAUGAGAAGGUGAAGUUUCCCUUUACUGCUUAGAGUGCAAACAUUCCAAGUGCCAAUAUUGAUAUAAUGUUUGUUAAGUCUGAGGGUCUUCGUCCCAGCACUGGUUGUGUCAGAUUCUGGGGUUCCUGGAAGAAGGUUUUCCCCCAGAGUUGUCAUUAUGACCAGAGGUACUUGAAGUGCCAUCAGCCUCUUCCUCAGUAGCAUUGUACCCUGCAGGUCCCACUGCCCACAGAAAGGUUUUUGUCAUUCAUAGAGUGAAAGUGGUUGUCUUGGAGGAAAGAGAAUUCUUAGUGUAAUAACUUUAGUUAUUACAUUAAGAAAUUGGUUUAAGUCUUCAAGCUCCUAUAUGUUUAUUAAUUGUCAAAUAAUUUUCAAAAUUAUCUUCAUUAUUCUAGGAGUUUCACAUUUUGAAAUUCAAUUUAACCUUUAGAAAAAUAAAGGUUAAGUGUCUUUCUAGGGUUCUUUAUUCCCUGGAGUGCAGAACUAUGAAGGAUGACUUCAUACAGAUGGUCAUAGAAUUUUUUCUCAGGAUUAGGUAGAUCAAAAUCUGAAGGCAAAGAUGCAACAUGAGUGCGGUAAAAUUUACAGAGGGUAGUGAAUAUCUGAAAUGAGCUGUCAGGGGAAGUGGUUGAGCCGGGUACAAUUGCAACUUUUGAGAUAUUUUGAUAGGUACAUGGGUAGAGGGGCUUGGAGUAUUAUAGGUCAAAUGCAGGAAACUGGAACGAGCAGGAAGGAUGCUGUGCUUGGUAUUGACCAGUUGUGUAAAAGGGCCUUUUUCAGUGCUGUAUUACUCUGAAUCUGUCAGCUUUUCACUUGUGGUAGAGCCAGCAACCAAAUUCAGUACCUCUGGCAACAACACAGUAGAUCUAUCUGGCUAUAAGUGGAUAGUGUUCCAACUUUCCAAGUAUUCUUGCACGUCCACCUUUCAUAAUCUCCCUCUGUUUAGAUUAUUUAGAUUAUGAGAACACUCAAUCCUCUUUUAUUGUCAUUUAGAAAUGCAUACAUGCAUUAAAAAUGAUACAAUUUAGGCAGAUACUUGUGGUUACAUUUGGAAUGGACCAUAGGAGAGGCUGAAGAAUGUUCAGGCUUCCAGGUGUCAUUUGAACAUCCUGGUAGUAAGUUCACAGCCAGUCGAAGAGCCCAUUAGUUGCAGACUGCAGCCUCAGUUCAGCACAGAGGCAAGUAAACCUUGCGGAGCAGUGAGCUGAACACCAGCUCAUCCCUCGCCUCCGACCUCAAAACCCUGAUCUUUUCAAUCUGGCUCUGUGCUUAAAUCAUUGUAAGUGAGGAGUUCUGUACUCAACAAUAAUCAAAAACUAGCAGAAAGUUAAAAGUUGUACUUGCAGCUUUAUUGGUGCUGUAAUCUUUGAGUUACUCAACUGAAUUUGUAACUUGUAACAUUUAUCAGAAUGGGUUUAUUAUUGUCACAUGAGAUACAGUGAAAACUAUCUUGCGUAUUGUUCACACAGAUUAGAUUAUUACAGAACAUUAAGCUAGAACAAGGUAAAACAACAAUAGAGUGCAGAAUAAAAUGUAACAGCCACAGAAAGGGCACUGGAAGGAAAGAAUGAGAUGUAAGCUCAUAACGUAGUAGAUUGUAAGUGUUCAUUUUAUCAUACUUGGAAAUCAUUUAAUAGUCUUAACAGCAGAGCAGAAGCUGUUCUUUAGCUUGGUGAUUUCAGGCUUUUGUAUCUUCUGCCCGAUGGAAGAGGGGAGGAUGGAAUUUCUGGAGCGGGUGGACUUCUGGAUUACGCUGAGGUAGUGAGAUGUAUAGAUAGAUAGAGAGACGGAUUUUCGUGAUGUGCUGAGCUGUGUCCACAACUUUGAAGUUCCUUGCUGUCAUAUGCCGAACAGUUAUCAUACCAAUCUGUGAUGCAUCCAAGGAUUUUUUAAAACGGUGCAUCAAUUUUAAAAAUCAGUGAGUUGAAGGGGACAGGCCAAAUCUGUUUAGCUUUCUGUGAAGGUAGAGCUGCUGGUGAGCUGUCUUAGCUGUAGCAUCUGUGUGGUUGGACCAUGACAGUCUACUGGUGAUGUUCACUCCUAGGAAUUUGAAGUUCUCAACCUCCACACUGUUGAUAUAGACAGGAGCAUGUGCACUGCAUCCCUUUCUGAAGUCAAUGACAAGCUCUUGUGUUUCGCUGGCAUCAAGAGGAAGGUUGUCUAUCUCCUUCCUGUACUCGAAGUUAUUAUUUGAGAUGUGGCCCACUAUGGUGGUGUCUAAAUGAUGGAAUUGGAGCAGAAUCUGCUACAGUAGCCACAAGUCUACAGAGGGUAGUGUAUCUUGUAUUUCCCAUUUCAGCUGACACACAGCUGUACUCUUGUACAGGCAAGAUAUUCUUUAAAUCUGUACAAAUAAUUUAUUGUUGAAUUUUGUUAAUCUUUUCACAUCUAACUGGGCAUAUUCUGUAGUUUAUUUGAUUUCGUAUUUUAGUUGGGUAAAGAUCUGGUCAAGUCAUUUACUGUCAGUGAUUUGACAGCUUGUGUAUUUUACAUACAGUUCAAAACUGUCAAUAUAACAGAAAUAUUAAGCUAAUUAUUUAUAAAAGGAAUUGGGGGGCCUUUGCGAUGCUUAGGCUUUGGCAGUGGAAAAAAAGAAUGUGUUGGUGCAGGAGUUUAAAUCCCAAAGAGUUUGGUAUACUGCUCGUCAUUAUGAAACCUUACAUUCUUAUUGUAAAAUGUUAUAUUGUUUCAUUUAGUAUCUCCUGCAAGUGGCUUCUUAUUUAAGUUGUUUCUAAUCAAUUUGUGUAUUGAUAUGUUUUGUCCUUUCAAGAUUUUUAAAAACCUGAUCAAACAUCUUUGCUGUUGAUGUUGUAUUUGAUAUUAGUGAAGAUUCUGUCUCUAUCGACUGACCCUCCAAAAUGGAAAUUAAGCAUGUGACAUGAGGAGUUGCACUGUUUGCAGACCUGAGAAUAUGCUCAAACCAAUGAUGUGGCAAUGUCUUAAGGACAGUAAAACUGUGUUUAAUAUUGACCUCGAUCUGCUUCUGAAGGUUUUUCAAUUUUAUCUGUAAUUAAAAUAUUGUGUUUAAAUAGUCUAAUUGUGUCAUUUGUAUUUCUUCUGAAAUCGUCUCUAUUAAAAAUGCUUAAAACUGAAAAUUGUGUCCCUCCAAUUUGCUU